GAAAGACACAGAAGGACAGAAUCACAUGCUCUCCUCUCACACAGCACGCAGCUCUUCAGCAUGAACUCAGCGCUAUAGAGAGAGAGAGAGAGAGAGAGAGAGAGAGAGAGAGAGAGAAAGAAAGAGAGUUUUAAUUGUUUGUGGGUUUAAGUGUGUGUGUGUGUGUGUGUGUGUGUGUGUGUGUGUGUGUGUGUGUGUGUGGGGGCACAUUUGGACUAAUUACAGGACUGGAACUGUGGAUUUAAGAGAGUCAUCAGUGAGCACUGCAUUAAUCAACCUGCGAGGUUUUGAGAGACUUUUAUCGCAAGACACGAGGAGGAACGACGAUCCGAUGGGACUGAUUAAAACUCAGUGAGUUCGGAGGCCUGAAGGUCAUGGGGUCGUUCACGCUGGGGAAAGCGGCACCGUUGGAGCUGCUGUUAGACGCCUGUAUCACUGCGUUCGAUGAUGAAGGAAAACUAAACGGUAUUCAUCUCCCCCGAACUCUCCUGCUAAUGCACCGAUGGUACGUCUCAUCUCAGGAGCUGGCGAGAAAACUCCUCAUCAUGUAUCGGGACAGUACAGGAGAUGACAGCGAGCGGAUGAGGCUGAAGAUCUGCUAUUUAAUGAGGUACUGGAUUGUAGAGUUCCCUGCUGAGUUCGAUCUGGAUCUUGGUCUGAUUCGACUGACGGAGGAGUUUAGAGACGUAGCGGCACAGCUGGGCUGUGACCAACACCUCCGUCUGCUUGACAUCUCCACCAUCCCUUCAUAUGACUGGAUGAGGAAGCUGACACAGAGGAAGAAGCAGGUGAAGAAAGGCAAAGCAUCACUGCUGUUCGAUCACCUGGAGCCGAUGGAGCUGGCGGAGCACCUCACCUUCCUGGAGUACAAAUCCAUCCGCAGGAUAUCAUUCACAGACUAUCAGAGUUACGUGAUGAACGGCUGUGUGAUGGAUAAUCCCACACUGGAACGUUCCAUUGCUCUGUUUAAUGGUGUGUCCCAGUGGGUUCAGCUGAUGGUCCUCAGUAAACUAACACCACAACACAGAGCUGAUGUCAUCAGCAAGUUCAUCCAUGUGGCCCAGAAACUUCUACACUUGCAGAACUUCAACACACUCAUGGCGGUGGUUGGUGGUUUGAGUCACAGCUCCAUCUCACGCCUGAAAGAAACUCACGCACACCUCAGUGCAGAUGUCACCAAGAUCUGGAGUGAGAUGACGGACCUGGUGUCAUCGAAGGGGAACUACAGUGCGUACCGUAAAGCCUACAGCGAGUGUGAGGGCUUUAAGAUCCCCAUCCUGGGUGUUCACCUGAAGGACCUGAUCGCCGUGCAUGUGGUUUUUCCCGACUGGAUCGACGAGAGUAAACUGAACCUGGUGAAAAUGCAGCAGCUCUACAUCACGUUUAAAGAGCUGAUGGUGCUGCAGAGCUCAGCAGCUCACGUGGAGCCCAACAUGGACCUCAUCAACCUGCUGACUCUUUCACUGGAUCUCUACUACACAGAAGAUGAGAUUUAUGAGCUGUCUUUACUGAGAGAGCCACGAAACACCAAAUCUGUGCCCACUUCUCCAACCACACCGAAUAAGACUCACGCUCCUCUGGACUGGGCUUCAGGAGUGACGACUAAACCCGAUCCUUCUGUCGUCAACAAACACAUCCGCAAAGUAGUGGACUCUGUGUUCAGAAACUACGAUCACGAUCACGACGGAUACAUUUCACAGGAGGACUUCGAGAGCAUAGCGGCCAAUUUCCCCUUCCUGGAUUCAUUCUGUGUGUUAGAUAAAGAUCAGGACGGCUUGAUCAGUAAGGAUGAGAUGAUGGCGUAUUUCCUGCGAGCUAAUCCUGUGCUUCAGUGUAAAAUGGGGCCAGGUUUCAUCCAUAACUUUCAGGAGAUGACGUACCUGAAGCCCACCUUCUGUGAGCACUGCGCUGGAUUCCUCUGGGGGAUUAUUAAACAAGGCUACAAGUGUAAAGAUUGUGGUGUUAAUUGUCAUAAACAGUGUCGUGAGUUGUUAGUGUUAGCGUGUCGGAGACUUCCACGUUCCCCCUCACUCUGCAGCGUCUCACCUGGAGCUCACAGCUCAUUACCCAGCAGCCCCACACUGCCCACCUCUAAAGAUGAAGACGAGGUGUUUGAGUUUCCCUCCGUGUCUCCUUCAGGGUCGGAUUUAGAGACUAAAUCCAUCACUCUGGUCACUGGUUCUGCUCAGAGGAUCUCAGUUCGCUUUCAGAGAGCCACCACGAGUCAGGCCACGCAGACGGAUCCCCUGUGGCCCGAUAACACCUGGAGCGAGUCCGGUUCUGGGUCACACACCUUCCCUAAAAUGAGGUGCAGGCCACAUCGCAAAAGUUCUAAAAAUAAAGGCUUUGCUCGGUGGGAAAACGAGACGAGCGUCCACGAGAGGAGAGAAUCACACAAGCAGCUGGAGGACGAGGGAAGGAACAGAGUGUCACCACUGCAGCAUCAGUACGGCCAGGACGCCAAGAUCAGCUGACUUGGUGUCUCUGAGGGCCAGAUCAGGACUCGGGGGAGGUCUUCAGCACCACGGCCCAGAAUGCUCUCCUCUCUGGGGUACGUUUUGAGGUGCUUCAGACCCCUGGAGUGACCCCAAAGUGUAGAAAGAGGCGAAUAAACAGAGAAACCAGAGCUGCUACCCCGGGGUGCAGACGUUAAUGAGGGACAGUAUGACUGAAAUGCUCAAGACACUGUGGAUGCUGCAGAGGACUGAAGAUGAUUACACAACAUUUUGAUAUUUUUCAUCAUCAUCAUCAUCAUAUUUUACUUUGUGUUUAAAGCCAAACAGUUGCCUUGGAAGCAGAAAUGUGGCACAAAAGAAGCUUUUAUGGUUCUGCAGGUGUUUUGGGGUAAAAGGUGUUUUUCAGGAUGCUUUUAUUUAUUCAGGGGUGGACAAAUCAGGGUUAUUACGAUCCAAACAGGCAAGAGAAAUGAAAUGCUGCGAAAUGAUUUGAGCUGAGUGACUGAUUACUUCACUGAAAUGAAGUGCAUUAAUACAUCAGAGGAAAACAAGUGAGAGCUCAAAGCACAAAGACAAGAAGUAGAACCGACUGAAACGAGUCAAUCAGAUUCAGACUCCAGGGAACAAGUGGAAUGUAGCGAGAGGGUGAAAGAUUUGUCAAAAAUCAGGGUCAGAGUCAGGGUCAGAGACAGAGUCAGGGUCAGAAUUAGAGUCAGAGUCAGGGUCAGAGACAAGGUCAGAGACAGAGUCAGGGUCAGGAUUAGCGACAGAGUCAGGGUCAGAGACAAGGUCAGAGUCAAGGUCAGGAUUAGAGACAAAGUCAGGGUCAGAGACAAAGUCAGAGUCAGGGUCAGAGACAAGGUCAGAGACAGAGUCAGGGUCAGGAUUAGCGACAGAGUCAGGGUCAGAGACAAGGUCAGAGUCAGUGUCAGAGUCAGGGUCAGGAUUAGAGACAAAGUCAGGGUCAGAGACAAGGUCAGAGUCAGGGUCAGUGUCAGAGUCAGGGUCAGGAUUAGAGACAAAGUCAGAGUCAGAGACAAGGUCAGAGUCAGGGUCAGAGACAGAGACAAGGUCAGAGUCAGAGACAGAGUCAAGAUUAGAGACAGUCAGGGUCAGAGACAGAGUCAGGGUCAGAGACAGAGUCAGGGUCAGAAUUAGAGACAGAGUCAGAGACAAAGUCAGAGACAGAGUCAGAGACAAAGUCAGAGAACAAGCGGAAUGUAGUGAGGGUGAAAGUUUUGGGGUCAGAGUCAGAGUCAGGGUCAGAGUCAGGGUCAGGAUUAGAGACAAAGUCAGAGACAGAGUCAGGGUCAGAGAACAAGUGGAAUGUAGUGAGGGUGAAAGUGUUGGGGUCAGAGUCAGAGUCAGGGUCAGAGUCAGAGUCAGGGUCAGAGUAAAGUUAUUAUAACUAUACAUAAAAACAAUACAGUUGUAAUAUAAUUAAAAGAGAAAGGGAAGUAAUAAACAAAUGAAUAAAUUAGAAAGCUGUAGGUUUCUGACACAGUGCUGUGAGAGAUAUCAAUCACCUGGGGAUGUUGUUCAGAGGCUGUGAGAGAAACAUAAUCAACUGCAGACUAUCAAUACCUCCGCUUCAUCCCACCGUCAGAGAUAAACGUGCACACAGACGUGUUCUCUGUGGUCCUGAGACUGAUUUGUCCACUCCUUGUGUUAAAGGUCAUGUAGGAGGUGUUUGCUGUGUAAAAUGAGCUUCUUUAGUUUUGCACUAAAGCUACGAAGCUAGAAAGUAACGGCAUGCUAAUCCUGAAACUAGACUAUUAUCAAAUCCUUUGCUGUGUUUGUGUGUGUGUGUGUGUGUGUGUGUGUGUGUGUGUUUGUUUGUGUUCUCAGGUUUUUUACUUGAGGUGUAAACUUUCUUUUUCAUUUUGUGUCAUAUUCAGAGUUAAAACACUACAUAAGGUUUUAGUAGAGGAGAAUUUAAGCUGAACGUGUGACAGGUUUCUGGAGUUCAUGCCAUGGUCCAGAAGGUUGGACUGAUAUACUAUAAUGUAGUUUUGGUGUUGAGUCUGAUAUUAGCACGUUUAUGACAUCAUCGAGUGGAAAAUAGUCAAUAACACUAAUGAUGUUUGAGCAGGAUCUCAUUAUGGACUGGAGAUGAAGGUACGCCGCUCAGAUCAGGAGGACGUGAUGAACAGAUCUACACAUAAACAUAAACAUCAUAAAAAAAAGAUCAGGACCUUUUAAUAUAUGAAGAUUCUUUAUUAAAAUAAAUACAAUAUGUUAUUA